AUGACCACCCCGCACAUCUCCGCCGGCGACCUCCUGGUCGCCUCUGCCGUACCAGGUGGGUUCUACACGGUGGACGCGCUUUAUUUUUUGGGGCGAUCGCGCGGCGGGGAGGUGCUUCUCUUGACUGCACGGCCGGAAACGGAGUCCUGCGUGCACGCCAGUAAAGUGUUCUAUGUCCGGCGCAGACUAUCACCGGUGAUGGCGGUGGGGAAGGGAAAUCGAGCAGCCGCCUUGAGAUUUUGCCGAUCUGUUCGUGUUGUUCGAGAUGGCGAUGUACAAGUUGGGUGA